AUGUGCGUGCGCUUGACUGACAAUGGCGACGGCCGAGGAUGGAAGGCUCCGAAGGGCAAACCUGAACCUGGCAUGGCCCGCCUCCUCAUGCAGCCGCAUCGAGCUUGCUGCAUUUGUCUCUCUGUCUGUCCGUCCAUCCAUCCAUCCCGCCCUUCCGGUUGGUACUGGCCGUUCGUCUGGCACACCGUUUGCGCGCCCUCCUUCUCGAACUCUUGCAGCACACCCGAGCAGAAUGCGACGCACACUGCCAGUCUGCGACGGCCGGCCGCAGCAUACAUACUACAUACCUAG